AUGGCUGGGCCUACCUCGCCGGGCGCUGAAGGCCCCACGUUUGGCCCUCCUCAUCUUCCACCAGGUUGGAUCGCGCAGUGGGACGGCGCGAGCAAGAAGUACUACUUCGUUCAGCUGUCUACCGGCGUUUCGCAGUGGGACACGCCGACGGAUGCUGCACCCACAGGCACGCCAGCACCUGGUGUCGAGCAUCCCUAUGGCAUCCCGCGGCAGCAGGAACUGAUCACACACCCAGACGGCAGCCAGACCGUCCGGCACGUCGAUGGUUCCAUGGAGCCGGUCAACCCCCCCAUGCCGCCAGACGGCACGCGCGGCAUUGGCGGACAGACUGGCGACCGCGGCCUUGGUAGCAUGGCCAUGAACGCCCUGCUGGGUGGGAAAGACUCGAGCAACCACAAUACGAACGGCAACCAUGGCGGCUCCGGCUCGAAUCCUUUCGGCAAUCUCGCAAACCAGUUCUUGGGGGGUGGGGGUCACGGCGGUGGAGGGGCAGGCAAGAAUGCACUUGGCAAACUCGGCGGUGCGCUGGCGAACAGCUUCUUACAUUCAGGUGAUAAGCCUGAGCAGCCGCAAUCGUACCACAGCGGUCAGACUACGGGUCACCAGCCACAGCAGCAGCAGCAGCAGCAGCAGCAGCAGCAUGGCCUGGCUGGUUCCUUGAUGGGCGGUGUUGCGAGUAUGCUCGGUGGAAACAAGCCAUCGCACGGGAGCAGCAGCUACGGAUAUUCCAACUCGGGCAGCGCCUCGGGCGGCUACUCAGGCCAAGCCCCUCCGACGUCGUACCAACCGCCCGGUGGUGGUGCAAAUGCGCCCGGAGCAUCUUCCUAUCAGACAACGACGCCCAACCAUGCCCCAAACCCCUCGUUUCCUUCUCCCUCAGGUCAAAACGGGAGUCAGGCCUCGGCGCAUCAGACACACCCCACGUACGGACAGGUUCCCGGGCCGCCUCCCGGAAAGCCCCCCGGCGCGUACGGACAAAGCAGCGGAUAUGAUGCCCCAUCACAAGGGGGUCAUCAUCAUCAACAACAGCAACAACAACAACAACAACCACAAUACGGCCACACCAACAAUGGUGUUUACGAGCCUUCGUAUGGAAACGGCGGUAACGCGCCUGGUGCUUACCCCGGCAACAACCCGACCUACUCACAGGGCCCGAAUCAGCAAGGCCACGGUUACGGCUCUCAAUACUGA